AAGAAUUAAUUCUUAGUCAGUCCAUAUUUUACUGAGAAAAGCAAUGAAAUUCUUCUGUAUUGCUUUGCUUUUGCUGCCGGUGUUAUACAUGAGUGAAGAGCAACAAUGCGGUGGAAAUUCUCAUUACAACGGUUGUGGUAGCUCGUGCCCGAUCACUUGUGGAAAUCGCGAAAACCCUCCACGCUACUCUGUGAUGAUGUGCAGAUCCGGAUGCCAGUGCGAUGAAAGUUAUGUCGAAAAAGAAAAUGGAAGCUGCGUGCUGCCCGAGAACUGUCCAAGAAAAGGCAAUUAGAAGCUUAUGAAGUAGAAAUUCAUUUCAUUACAUGUCAUACUAUUUGUACUGCUUGUAUGAAUAUGCGAUAUGAAUGAUGCAAAAAAUUUCAAAAAUGCUUCCCAGACCUAGAGCUACUAAAGACACCCUAAAUUAUUUCUAUCAUAAUAGAUGGAAAGUAGGUGCAUUUAAAAAACACUUCAAUCCUUAUGAAAGACCCAGACCUAAGCUUCGUGCCGAGUUUUUUCUAGCUCUCGACUUACUAAUCUGAAAGAAUGCAACGAAUGAAACAGGCAGCAGAAAAAAAAGUAUAGACUGGCUACUGGAAUAAUACAUUAUUAGUAUUAAACAUAAACUUUUAAACCUGCUCAAUGUAUCAAUAGAAAAUGCUCUUAAAUUUUUAAAUUUUUAUUUAUUGUACUAGAAGAGAAAAAAACUGUUUCAUUGGAUUCUAAAGAGAUAGUAUCAGUGAUAUUUUUUUCUCUCCUCGAUUUAGUCGUAUACUUCCACAAUAUAGCGCGUUUGGUAUUUAAUUUUGUCGAAUUGUAAAAUGAAUCGAGAUGUAAUUUGGAAAUACUACAGCUGUUUAUUGAUUGAUUUUAAGAUCACGUUCUAAAAUCUG